UGGAUGGAUGAAUAUGCAGUUAAAUAUGAAAGUGAGGUUGAUUCUUAGAAACAAACCUUUUUUGUGUGUAGACUUUUAACGCUAAAAUAACCCCCCAAAAAACAAACGAGUCAGUUUUUUGUUAUUUUAGUUUGUUUAUGUUUGGAGCACCAUGCAGCCCUGUUAUUUGCAUUACAAAUUUAAUCAUUUACUUACUGUAAUGUUUAUGAUUAGAUGGGUUGGACGACACGGUAGCAAAAAACAAACAAACAAAAAACAACAACAAAAAUAAAAACACUGCUUACUGCGAGGAACUUGUUGACUACCUAGUUACAUUUCCACCCCUCUUCUACCACAUCAUAGGUUACCAGUAACGGUGACACUAGAUUUGCGUGAAUAAUUCUUUACAAUGUUCCUAUGAUGUACUCGGAGCUGGAAAAAAAAGCUGCUUUCGCUUUUUACCCCCGCUAUGCGCUUCGAAAUGCCUCUACUUCACAAAUAGUUUUUAAAAGGUUUCCAUCGAGAAAGGCGCUCCACAACGUUGUUGUGUUUAUGAACCUGACAAUACUCUGAAUGGAUUAGGACGUCGAUUCUCCUGGAUAAAUGUUCAGCUCAUAAAGUUAGUUCGCUUAUAUUACAAUUAAAGCAUCUCAGAAACUCGAUAAGUCACGCACUUGAAACAGAUGUUAAAACUGAUCCCUGUGAGUCAAUCCAACGACUCAUUCAGCCGCGCGUAAAAGCGCGCAAAUGGAGCGUUAACGGACCCUCUGUAGAGAGCCCAGUGUUGUUCUCUCCCAAGUAUUUAGAAGAAUCCAGCAGGGAGGUGUGAAGUAGCACACCUACUCACAAUAUUUAGUGUCUGAAGUCCCCCGAAAAACGACAUUAUUUAGAUGCAGAGGAAUAAAGAGUGAAAUUACGCGCGCUUUGCUGUGAUGGAGAUAGUUAAACUUGGUUUCAUACUUGUGUUGAUUAUGUCAAACAUUAUCUGCGAAAAAAUGGACACAGACAGGUGGAGAGAGGGAAUCGGAAAGAACAAAUGGUCAAACUCUGAAGUAAUACGAGAUAUAUUAACGAGAAUGACCAGAAAACCAAGACAACGGCAGUAUCUAGGGCUGAUGCGGAGGAAAGGAUCCGAAAAAUCACAGACAGCACGGAAACGACACAAAUUUCAAACCUUUGUGGGGUUGAUGGGUAAAAGGAGUUUUGACGUCAAGGGAGGUCUGUGAGCAGCAGGACUGAAAACUACCGACGAAAUUAGCUUUGUUUAAUUUCAGACUGCAUCCUGCUUUUGUCUAUCACUUCAUAAAAUAUCAGAUUAAUCUGCUUAGUUAGUUUCCAAGGCUUACAACAUUUCCAGGCAAAC